AUGAAUAGUAUAUUUUUAUUAAAUGAUUCUAUAACUAAUGGAUUUAGAAUAGAAUGUGUAGAUAUUAUUUAUUUAGUAUCUAUUUGUUUAGGUAUUACUACUAUAGUAUGUAGAAAUCCUGUAGUAUCUGUUUUAUUUUUAAUAGCUUUAUUUAUUAAUGUUGCAGGUUUAUUAAUAUUAGUUGGAUAUAAUUUUUUAGGUUUAGCUUAUAUAUUAGUUUAUGUAGGUGCUGUAUCUAUUUUAUUUUUAUUCAUUUUAAUGUUAAUUAAUAUUAGAAUUUCUGAAUUAUUGACUGAAACUAAUAAUGAUAUACCUUUAGCUGUUUUAACUGUUUUAUUAUUCUAUUAUAUUAUAGGACAAACAUUACCUUCAAAUUUAACAGAUAAUACUAUUGUUUCUUAUUUAUCUAAUUCAUUUUCUAACAUAUAUAGUGUACAAUUAAAUAAUGAUUUAAACCAACAAAUUGGUUAUGCAAGUAGUAAAGGUUGAGAUAGUUCAUUAAUAGAACCUACACAUAUAGCUAGUAUAGGUAAUAUUAUGUAUACUAGUUAUUCUAUGUGAUUAAUAAUUACUUCUAUUAUAUUAUUAUUAGGUAUGGUAGGUGCUAUUGUUAUAACUAUUAAACAAAAAUAG